CGUGGACCCCAAUCUCCAUUUCCUCCUUCUCCCCUCUGGAGUCCUCUUCACUCUCCCAACAAACACAACACCUCGCGACGCUCGCUGCAUCGCGUGACAACUACGUCCAUGGAGAUGCUUCCCGGGAGCAGAAGAACAAUCUUCGUCUCCGCCUGCGUGUGGUUUUUUCUGUCACUGUUACCGUCGCUGUCACCGGCGAGUGUCGUUAGCGCCACCCACGGUGUCUUCAACGUCAAGUGCAAGUACCAGGAGCGCACCCUUUCUGCCCUCAAAGCCCAUGACUACCGCCGCCAGCUCUCCCUCCUCGCCGGAGUCGACCUCCCCCUCGGCGGAAGCGGCCGCCCCGACGCCGUUGGGCUUUACUAUGCUAAAAUUGGGAUUGGAACUCCUCCGAAGAAUUACUACUUGCAGGUGGACACUGGCACUGACAUUAUGUGGGUCAAUUGCAUUCAGUGCAAAGAAUGCCCCACCAGAAGUAGCCUUGGUAUGGACCUUACACUCUAUGACAUAAGGGAGUCCUCCUCUGGUAAAUCUGUUCCAUGUGAUCAAGAGUUCUGCAAAGAGGUCAAUGGAGGUCUUCUGUCCGGAUGCACUACUAAUACGACCUGUCCAUAUCUGGAGAUAUAUGGUGAUGGGAGCUCAACUGCUGGUAACUUCGUAAAGGAUAUUGUACUUUACGAGCAAGUGUCUGGGGACCUUAAAACCGAUUCAGCUAAUGGAAGUAUUAUAUUUGGGUGUGGUGCUAGACAAUCUGGAGAUCUAAGUUCUUCAAAUGAAGAAGCACUUGACGGAAUACUUGGAUUUGGAAAAGCUAAUUCUUCAAUGAUUUCACAACUUGCUUCUUCUGGCAAAGUGAAAAAGAUGUUUGCUCAUUGUUUAAAUGGAGUAAAUGGAGGUGGUAUAUUUGCUAUUGGGCAUGUUGUGCAACCUAAAGUGAAUAUGACUCCAUUAUUACCAGACCAGCCACACUACAGUGUCAAUAUGACAGCAGUUCAAGUUGGCCAAACUUUCCUUAGUCUAUCAACAGAUGCUUCGGCACAAGGGGAUGGAAAAGGGACAAUAAUUGACAGUGGUACAACCUUGGCCUAUCUGCCUGAAGGGAUUUAUGAUCCGCUAGUAUCCAAGAUAAUUUCUCAGCAAACUGGUCUAAAAGUUCAGACUCUCCAUGACGAGUAUACAUGCUUUCAAUAUUCUGAGAGUGUUGAUGAUGGAUUCCCAGCUGUCACAUUUUUUUUUGAAAAUGGACUCUCGUUAAAGGUUUAUCCACAUGAUUACUUAUUUCCCUCUGGAGAUUUCUGGUGUAUUGGUUGGCAAAAUAGUGGGACACAAUCAAGAGAUAACAAAAAUAUGACCUUAUUAGGAGAUUUAGUGCUUUCAAAUAAACUUGUCUUCUACGACCUUGAAAAUCAGGCUAUUGGAUGGACUGAGUACAACUGUUCUUCAAGCAUUAAAGUGAAGGAUGAACGAACGGGAACGGUCCAUUUAGUUGGUUUCCACUACAUUAAUUCUUUUGCAUGCGUUUUAAACAUCAACGGAAUCAUGAUCUUGUUUCUACUUCCUCUGCUACAUACACUGCUUCAUUGAAACAGAACAGCAAACACAUAUACUAAGGUCAAAAUUAUGGCAACAGGAUUUGGAAAUAGAAAGGACAAAAAAAAUGCAAAGUGAGAAAUUGAGUUUUCAUGAACUUGCAUGAUUUUAAAAUGUAAUCUUCAAGGGAGACUAGGACACUGACCAUUGGGAACCUUCGCUGUGGGUAAAAUUUUUCAUCCGAAUCCCCAUGGUGAAUAUGUAAAUUGCAACCACCAAUUGUAUAUGUUAUUAGACUUAGCUUGGGUCUUUAUGCCAAAUGUAUAAUUGUCAUGCGACAAGCUACGCAUGUAUCGCAAGUUUUAAUUGCAAAUAUUUACGUUAGUUAUUGUAGAGCAUUCUGUGCUAGCUAUUGGAUUUCUAUUAUAUUAAAAUAAUACAUGUCUAUACAAUCUUCAA